CCGCUACCAUCGCAAAUCAUCCCUCCCUCCCUCUGUCUCUCUGUCGUUCUGUGGCUCAGCUGCUUGGCUUGUGUUGCUUUGUGUUGCUUCUGUCUAUCUUCCCAGUAUCGCCGUGAUACCCCUAUCUAUCCGUCAUGGCAGACCCAUCCUCCUCCUCCUCUUCGAGACGCAAUGGCCAAAACGCGACGUCAUCCGCCCUCUCAAGCCAUCCCUCCUCUCCCUCACCUACUCCCUCCGGCGCCAAAUCACGAGCAAGAAAGAGGACAGGUACAGCUCCAGACACGAUAGAGAUCCCGUCCAACGGUACAUCCACGCCCGUAUCAGAUGAUGACUUUGCUCAAUACCCUAUGCGUAUCGUCUUGGAGCGGGAUACGCAGGCAAAGAAGUCAAAGGCACGGCGACCUGGCCUGUUGGGAGGUAAUAAGCAACGGCCAUCGUAUACUGUUCGAGCGCCCAACACGCCUUUUGACGAGCUCGAUCUUAGUGAGGUGGAUUUCCUGAAGAUGCCAGACGAGGAGACUCAAAAAGGCAUCACGCGCUAUCGCCGUUCCUUCUUCAUCGUUGGCAUCCUCCUCGGUGCUGCUGUAGCUUGGCUUGCGUCCCAGAAUGCCAGCAUGGAGGGCCAUAUCCGUGCCCUUCGUACAAUCAUGGACGAUCAGCUGAUGAAUGUAGGGGUAGACCUCUCCUCUAUUGACUUUUCCCUUCGCAUGCCGAAAGAGUUUGCAGAUCUACGCGAUAAUCUCUUCAGUGGAUCGAAGGAGUGGCUCUCCACGCAGAAUUUCAAAGUGGGCAGACAACUUGCGGCUCAAGGAUACCAAGCCGAGUAUCCGGUGGUGCUCAUGCCCGGCAUUAUCUCCACUGGACUCGAGUCCUGGACAACGGGAGAGGACGUUUCAGGCUAUUUCAGGAAACGUCUCUGGGGCACUACCACGAUGAUGAGAACAAUUGCGCUGGAGAAGGACAUGUGGGUCAAACAUCUCUCCCUCGACCCCCUCACCGGCUUGGACCCACCGGGGAUCAAAGUCAGAGCUGCAGAAGGGCUGGAUGCAGCUAGCUUUUUCUUGGGGAAUUACUGGAUUUGGAGUAGGAUUAUUGAGAAUCUGGCGGCCAUUGGAUAUGAUUCGAAUAAUCUGUACAUGGCGAGCUAUGAUUGGAGACUCAGCUACUCGAAUCUGGAAGUCCGAGAUCAGUAUUUCACGCGGCUGAAGCUGCGUAUAGAGCAGAACCUUGCUCUUUCCGGCAAGAAGACUGUCCUCGUCGCUCACUCGAUGGGGAGCUCAGUAGCCCUCUACUUCAUGAAAUGGGUCGAAGCUUCAGGGCCCGGCUUUGGCAAUGGAGGCGACCAGUGGGUGGAGCAGCAUCUUGAGUCUUUCACUUCGAUUGCGGGAACUUUCCUCGGAGUACCAAAGGCAAUGGCUGCCCUUCUCUCGGGAGAAAUGAGGGAUACAGUCGAGGUACCUCCCGCCGCUGCCUUCUUGUUGGAGAAGUUCUUCUCGAGAAAGGAGAGGGCCCGUCUCUUCAGGACUUGGGCUGGCUCAGCUAGUAUGAUCAUCAAAGGAGGCGAUGCUGUCUGGGGGAACACGACGUGGGCUCCAGACGAUGAUGGAGAUGCUACAGAGACGCAUGGGUCGCUGUACACCUUCCGACUACCACAGGGAGAUAGCUCUGUCUUCCUUGGAGCGGGGGACGCCUCUGACAGCCGUGGCGUGGACAACUCUAGUCUGCACGACCUCACCUCGCACACGCAAGUGCAGGGCAACCUUUCGGCGGACGCUGCACUGACGUGGUUGCUCCAGCACACGCCUAGCACAUUUCAACGCAUGGUGCAGACCAAUUACUCCAAUGGCAUGUCAUUCGAUGAGGACGAGAUUCAGCGGAACAACCAAGAGCCACGCACCUGGUCCAACCCACUCGAGGCCGCCCUCCCCAAUGCGCCCUCGAUGAAGGUCAUCAGUCUCUACGGUGUUGGCAAACCAACGGAGCGAGCCUACUUCUACGAAAAAGGUCCCUUUGAGCAGGAAGACACCAUCGUCGAAGGCUAUGCGGCCCGGUGCACAGAUUCCACUUGCACAAAUGAAACAGAAGCCGCCCCUCUCGGAUUCCCCACUGCCCGCUCCCACUGGAUCGACACGACAGUGCAUUACGAUGGACCUAAUGCCUCUCCUAAGAUUCGCGCUGGAUGUAAAAUGGGAGAUGGAGAUGGAACAGUCUCCCUCUUGUCACUUGGAGCGAUGAGUGUGGAAGGUUGGAAGAGGAAGAGGUAUAAUCCUGCUGGAUGCAAGAUUGUUACGCAUGAGCUGCUGCAUGAGCCCGAAGGGAUGGACUUGAGAGGAGGACCGAAGACGGCGGAUCAUGUUGAUAUUCUGGGAGCCGCCAAGGUCAAUGAGCUCGUGCUCCGUAUUGCAGCGGGCCGGGCUGACGAGGUAGAGGAAAACGUGAUUUCUAACAUCCGAGACUACGCCGCAAGGAUAGACUGGGACGGGACUACACAUGCCUCGUCAUGAGGCGAGGUAUGGCGCAGAAGGGCAAACGAUAUACCAGUGUUUCAUCUCUCUGGCCAGCAGUGACUCUACAAUUAGAAAUACAUUCCAUGUUCACGAU